GGUAAACAGAGACAAAAGGUGAUUGUCUGCGAACACCAAGUUAGUCGAACAGUUGAAGGCCUUAGGCAAGGUGCAAGUUUUUGAAGGAGAAGAUUCACUGAGACAUCUACCAUCUACCAGAAAUGAAGAACCUUUUGAUCGCUUUGGCUCUGAUUGCCGUGUUUGCUGCUGUGCAGUCUAUGCCAGCUGAUACCCAUGAAGCUAAGGCUCGUAACUACGUUCCAGAAAGCGCCAAUGCUACCGAUCCAGCUGCGGCUGAACCAUCUGAAGCUGAGAAUGACCCAGCUCAGAGUGAAGCUGAACCCACUGCCGAGGAAGCCAGCAGUGAUGCUGCUGACACUAAGGAGGAUGACUCAGCUGCCGCUGAUGACAGCAGUGAUGAUGAUCUUGAUGAUGACAGUGUUGACGAGAAUGAUGAGGAUGAUGAAGAUGAUGAAGAUGACGAGGAUGAUGAAGAUGAUGAGGAUGAUGAAGAUGAUUCUGAAGACAGUGAUGAUGGUGACGAUGAAGAUGAUGGUGAUGACAAAGAUGAUGAAGAUGAUGGCGAUGAUGAAGAAGACGGUGAUGAUAAAGAAGAUGGUGAUGACGAGUAGAUAAUGGUUGAUUAGCUAGAAUCAGUGACAAAUGAACUAUUCUAAUGCACAAAAUAGUGUAUGUGUAUCAUAUUAAUACCUAUUCCGUUUGGAAGAUCUAAUCUUAUACAAUGCGUCGCCUUAUGGCUCUUUAUGAUUCAAUAAAGAAGCUCUAGUCUACACUCAA